AUGAGACCCGAGACAGAGUUCCUCCCUGGACACCAGAAGCUCAGCGCUCGGAUCCGAAGGAGACUCUACUAUGGCUGGGACUGGGAAGCUGACUGCAGCUUGGAGGAACUCUCCAGCCCCGUGGCAGACAUUGCUGUGGAACUGCUCCAGAAGGCAGCCCCCAGCCCUAUUCGCCGGCUCCAGAAGAAAUACGUAGCUCAUGUGUCCCGGGAGGCGUGCAUCUCCCCGUGUGCUAUGAUGCUUGCUCUGGUGUACAUUGAACGGCUCCGCCAUCGAAACCCAGACUACCUACAGCACGUGUCGUCCUCUGACUUGUUCCUGAUCUCCAUGAUGGUGGCCAGUAAGUACCUCUAUGAUGAAGGGGAGGAGGAGGAGGUCUUCAAUGAUGAAUGGGGAGCUGCAGGGGGUGUGGCCGUGCCCACUCUCAAUGCCCUGGAGAGGGGCUUCCUGAAUGCCAUGGAUUGGCGUCUUUACACUGACCCUCGGGAGAUCUUUGAGGUGCUGAGCUGGCUGGAGAGCUGUGUGGCUGAGCAGCAGGGACGGCGGCGGGGCUGGUACACCUACACAGACCUGUGUGUGCUGCUGGAGCAGCCGGCCUGGCAGUUGGCCCUGGGCUCCCUCUGCCAGCGGCUGGCAAAGCUGUCUUGCCUGUUAGCUAUGGCAUAUGUGAGCAGUGUGGCCUUGGCUGUGGCGUCACUGGCUGUAAUUCACCAGUCCUUGGGGCUGCCCUGCAGCCCCUCGCCCGGCCCCCCGGACCUUGGACUGGCCUCCAGGUGCCUCUUGGAACCCUGCAUACCUUCUCCCGUGCCACAGUGCCUGCCAUGUCCUGUUAACGUCUCCAGCUGCCUGGAUGGUGACACAGGGCUGCGUUCACUCUGGGGCAGUCUUCUGGCUUCACUGACUCCUCCUCCAUUGCCUCCCCCAGACCCUCCUGCCCCUCCCACUCUUUUCCAUAACUGUCCCCUUUGCCAGAAGCUCCAGAGAGACUCCCCAAGCUGCCACGCCUGCCACCACUCCAACCAUACUGUCUCCACUGGGUCUCCCAGCCCUGGGUACCACUCCCGUGGCCUGGCUCCACCCUGGCUCUGGAGUCCAAUGCCCCCCCUGCUCCCCCCGCCCCAGCAGUGUUCCCUUUUCAGUGUCAUGGAGCUAGCCCGUCUCAAGUCUUUCAUUUUCCCGGGCUAGGCAGGCAUUCAACAAAUGCAUUAAGAGGAUUUGGGAAUCCCUGAGAACCUAGAGGGCGAAAGCUUGAUUUAGAUCCUCUCUACCUCUCUGGGUCCUUGGCUGGUCCCCGUCCUCCUAGGUAAUGGAGCUUAAGGGGUUGUGGGGUAGAAGGACUGAAGGUCACUCACUCUCCUAGACCUCAGUGGCUGGCUGCUUGGCCAGAGCAGCGAUGGUACCAGGGAAAGCUCCAGCUUGGUGACCAGGGCCACAUCACAGCCAGACAGAGGAGAAGCCCCUGUCUCUCCACCUCCCUGGGUUCUAGACUUUUGCUUUUGAGUUCCCUAUGAUGGAAGGGGAAAAGUGGGGUGAGGGAGGGAGGAAAUGUUGAUUGGGGGCCUGAGUGAUGUCCCUGAAGCAGGAGAGCGAGGGACUGAUAGGGCCAAGGUGGGAUCUGCCGAGGGAAGGCGGGGUCAGGUGGGAAACCCUCUCCACACCCCAUCCCUUGGGUGUAGCCUAAAGGAGCCAGGGACUGCUGCCGCCUUCAGCCCUGCCCUUUUGUCUUCCAGCCUCUUCUUAGUACCCUGCUCCUGGGCUUCCCUCUCUUCCAGUUCUUCUCCUGGGUGUUCUCUUCACAGGCCUCU